CUACGGUGGAACGAAAACACGUUGUGUGAAUCUCUCAGAUUUUUCAUGUUUUUUUGAGUGUUUACGGGUGAUUGUGUCAGUGCAUUUUACUGGAAGUUCAUUGGAUUGGGUUUCCGGAAGGUGUAGAACAUCAGAGAAAAACAGAUGUUCGUUGAGCAAUGGAUCAUUAUGAGGACGACGAGGACACUCACUACUGCAUAAAGUGUAACGUGACAGUAACUGGUCUUGACAAUUACGUGCGACAUCGUCAAACAGGAUGUCGUCCAUCCGAACCAAAAAAUGAAGUAAUGUACCCAGAGAUUCUGAAUGCCGACACGUUCUUCAAUUCGUUGGAGCUGCGAAGCAGUGUAAAGCCAAAAUCAAGUGUCAUCCAAGUACUCCAUGGCCCUGACAAGAAGGCCCGAGUUGACGACAAACGAAAAAAAGGAAAGAGAUGCCAGGAGAUUGAUGAGACAACUUCCAAAGAAAAGUUGAUGACUCUAUCACCAGUUGUGACGGAUUUGGAUGAUCCGACGGAUCAUAUUGGAAUUCCUUCACUGGUGGGAUUCCCCGAUAUCGUGACGUUCACCGAGAAAUCGACAGCAGUGACACCCAACAAAAUCACACCCAAGCUGCCGGACAAGAAGCGAAACGAGGAUCAUCGCGUCUGGUUGAACGACGCCAUUCUGGAAGAUCUGGAUGGAAAUAAGGAGGCUGUGUCCUCUACGGACGUACUUGACAGCGAAGCUGAGUAUGAUUACAGACAUGAAGAUGAAUCAGAUGUUGAGAGUGACGAUGAUGAUUCUUACUCGGAGUAUGAGGAGGAAGGCGAGUACCAUUCGCAAGCUCAUACAGGAGGCAAGUGGAAGCCAGAACAGCUUCUUCAUGAGAUAUCUCCUAGGAAUGAUGAUGAUCUUGAGCAUGAGGACUACAGACCGGAAAGUCCGCCUCUGCAUACUGGAGGGAAAUGGAAACCAACUGAGAAAGCCGACGAGGAUGAGCAAGUCAACAUGGACGACGAGGAGGAGGACGAAGACGAGGAUGACGAUGAAGACGAUGAGGAGAAGGACAGGAGACAACCACCACCAGGUCACACACGUGGAAAAUGGGUACCAGGUGUCUCUGUUGUUACAACAUCCACCAGCAAUGAUACCAGUUUCUGGUGUACCCCCUGUGACAGAAGACUGGCAUCAAAAUUACUCUACAACAGGCACUUGCGAUCUGAUCUCCACGCGAGAAGAAGUAUUCAAGAAAUCGAGGGGGACAUCAAGCUACCGAGAACGGUAGUUCCGCUACUCCGCGGAAAAGCCCUGAGUAAACGACAACAAGCACUGGUCCUUAAAUCUUCGGAGGAGAAAAAAGCUUUGACUAAUAAGCAGCUGAGGACUAAACAGCGUGAAAAAUUGGUACUGCGAUGCGAGAUGUGCCAUGCCCGGGUGCGUCGCGUACAAAUGGGUAAACACCUGCUCUCUCACUACCACUGUCGUGUUGCUGGAUUGAAUCCCAGCAGUUCCAUUGCACGUCGCUUUAUCCUGGACAACAUGGGCAAUGUGGUACGCCAGUGUCCAUUUCAGUGCACUAGCUGUCGGUUUUAUUGCAAUACUGAAGACACAUUCCUCCUUCAUUGGCGCUCUAAAUUGCACAAAAGUGUGGAGGAUGAUGUGAGUAUGGUGCCGAACAGCAGUCUUACGUGUGUCAGCUGUAACUUUUGGUGUAACAAGAAUGACACCAUGGAGGAGCAUCUUGUAGGUCUAAAGCACCACGAAGCAGUCGCCAUGAUCAACGGUUCAGUUCCCGUUGUCAUUCGUAGACAGAGAAUUCUAACUUGUGACAGUUGCAAUCGUCAUUUUCAAUACAACUUCCAACUCAGGAUUCACUCGAAGGAAACUGGACAUCCCCUGAGUGCAACAGCCACUGACGACUAUCAACAGAGGAUAGCUUGUGGGCACUGCUCCCAAGUUUUUAGGUCUCUAGUAGCCCUUCAGCGACAUCAACUGACCAGCCAUACGUCUAAAGAUGGGGGAGUACUGCCGGCACCUUAUUUCUGCUCCUUCUGCUCGAUCAACUUUGAGACUGCUCGAGACGCUGUGUUACAUAGAAGAACCACGAGUCACAAGCAGACUGUCAAGGAGCACAAGUUUCGGGGAGUUGAGACGUCACAAAGGGAUUGCGGUCACUGCGGGGAGAGGGUUAAAGAUCUGGAGGCACUCAAACUACAUUUGAUGCAGUCCCAUCACAGUCUUUGUCACAGGUGCUCUCAAUGUGGAUCAGUCUUUGCGCUCUCUCAAGACCUCGCGAAACAUACCAAGAAGCGAGAGUGUGUUAAAAGACUCGACCAAAAAUUGAGCUCAACAAAUCAAAAAUGGAGCUGUACGAACUGUUCCAUGUUUAGUACAGACUCACAAGCAGAAUUCAUUUUUCAUCAGGUUCUCCAUGCUGGAGUUGUAGAUGACAAUCCGAGUGGGCCCAAUACGAGCAAAGCACUGGCCAAGUAUCGGUGCCUGCUAUGUGAUAAAAUCCUACCGAAGGACUCCAUGAGGAGUCACAUUAGGAAGCACACAGGAGAGAGACCCUUUGUCUGUAUGAAAUGUAACAAAUCCUUUUCUAGAAGAUCAAGUCUCAAUGUGCAUGGGAAGGGAUGCCUGGCGAGAGCUCAGAAUCAGGAUCAGGGAGUGAAAAUUCGAGAGAGAAAUUAUGUGUGUGCUGACUGCAAUGAAGCCUUCUACACAAAACACACACUUCGACAACACAUGCUCCGUCAUGGUGGCAAGAGCUACAAGUGCGUAGUUCCGGGCUGUCCAACAAUUCUUCGAACAGCGAAUGAACUCAAGAGCCAUCGCCAACUGAUCCACGAGACCGGUCCCAACGAUCGCAAAUUUUCAUGCAACGAGUGCACUUAUGCAGCCAAAACUAGGACACAGUUACGUCGGCACCAAGAGAAACACAAAAUUCCACUGAACCAGGCCCAUUUAACCUGUCCAUAUAAAGACUGCCCCUUUGCCACUCAACUCUCAUCACAUCUGAAGCGCCACAUACGGGUACACACCGGCACAAAACCGUACAAAUGUCGGCACUGUCCAUACGCCAGCAAUAAUCUGGAGAAUCUGCGAAAACACGUAUUAUCGACGAGACGGCAUCCGGGGAAGAUGAUAUACGAGUGCGGGACUUGCAGCACGAGUGGGCUGACUUACACCACCAACUUUAGCCGAGAACUACGCGCUCACUUAGUCGAAGCACAUCCCGAGACAUAUCCGACUGUGAAUCAUGCUAAUGAUUACGUUUCAUCGAUAUUUAGUGCAGAAGAUCCAUGAUGACCGGGUCAUUACUCAUUUUCAUGAUGAUUUGGUGUGACAUUCUUAAUGAUAACUGAUGACUCACGAAUAAAUGAAUGAUUUGCGCCACAACACUUGUGGGAAGGAACUUUACGUUGAUUAGUAUUCAAGGCUUGAUCGUCUUUCCCAAAAUUUUCCUCUCGAAAUUUCCUAAAAAUUACCUAAUUACCUCAAAUUUUGAUGCUGUGAAGACCGAUUUAAAACUACGGGGAUGCUGAAGGUCACAGAAUCAAAUAACGAGCUACUGUAUCGUCUGUUGCCUACCUGGGCUGAUAGGUGUCGCAAAAUCUCCCCCUUACCACCCCAUG